CUUAAGCCUCCUAUAAACCUCCACGAACUCCUCUCUUCCCAGACUAGCUAAUAAUUAAGCUAUCUAUAUCACUCACUCUUCUUCUUUCUCCCCUUGUCAUCAAUAUUCAUGCAAGUUCUCGUUCAUCUCUAAUACUUCUGUUAGUUUCAGUCUCUUAUUGUGUAUACACAUAUCUAUCUCUCGUCCUCAAUAUCUGUUUGGCUUCCAAUCAUCAAAUCUCUCUCUCGAUCCCUCUCUCUUGUUGCACGUACAUGUUCUUGCUGUUGCAGAAGCAAACUAACAAGAAAAGCAAAACUAAUCACCUAUCUUGCUUCUGCUCUCUUGUUCUGCAUCUUUUUGUGAGCCGUUCUUGUUGUAAGUAGAUUCACAACUCGUCGAAGAAGAAGAAGAUGAGGGCAGGGAUUUGCAGCAUCCAGCUUCAGGCUCUCACACCGGAGGCAGCAAAUGUUGUGAAGCAAGCUGUGAGUCUAGCCACAAGGCGUGGCCACGCACAAGUGACUCCUCUCCACGUGGCAAGCGCCAUGCUUGCCACGUCCACUGGUCUUCUCCGAAGAGCUUGUUUACAAUGUCACUCUCACCCUCUCCAAUGUAAGGCCUUAGAGCUUUGCUUCAACGUUGCCCUCAAUCGCCUGCCUGCGUCCACACCCAGUCCUCUCUUGGGACCUCACUAUGGCAGCCAUUGUAAUUCCAGUAACACCCCUUCUCUUUCUAAUGCCCUGGUGGCUGCUUUCAAAAGGGCCCAGUCUCACCAGCGACGUGGCUCCAUUGAGACUCAAAACCAGCCCAUUCUUUCCCUCAAGAUUGAAGUAGAACAGCUUGUUAUCUCAAUUUUAGAUGACCCCAGUGUUAGUAGGGUCAUGAGAGAAGCUGGUUUCUCAAGUACACUCGUGAAAUCCAAGGUGGAACAAUCUGUUUCAGUUGAGGUUUCCUCUCAUCAGCAACAAAACACAACAGUUAAGUCUAAACCUCCUCCUCAAGUUGUCGGUCACUUUGAAGGGUCAUUAGUUUUAAAGCCUAUCAAGAGCGACAACGAUCAUAACAACAACAUUAAUAACCACGAUGAUGUUGAAACUGUGGCCAGUGAAGUUUUGAACAGGAGAAGGAAUGUGAUUGUUGUGAGUGAAAAUGUGGGCAGUGCUGAGGGGUUAGCAAGAGGAGUGAUGGAAAGGAUUGGGAAUGUUGUCCAAGUUGUGAGUAUUCCUCUUGUGUCUUUCAGAAACAUAAGGAAGGAGGAAGUGGAAAGGAAGAUUCUAGAACUAAGGUGUCUUCUGAAGAGCUAUAUAGGUAGAGGGGUUGUUUUGUAUUUGGGUGAUUUGAAAUGGUUGUUCGAAUUCUGGGAAAGCCAUUGUUGUAUUAACCAGCAAGAAAUGAUGAUGAUGAAGUCUUACUGCUCAGUGGAGCACAUGGUUAUGGAGGUGAAGAGGUUGGUUAGUGCAAAUAAUAUUGGUGGGGAGAUGAGUGGUAGGGUAUGCCUUAUGGGGAUUUCAACCUUCAAAACAUACAUCAAGUCUAAGACUAAUUGUAAACCUUCAUUAGAGACUCUUUGGGAGCUUUAUCCCUUCACAGUUCCUGUUCCCAGCCUCAGCUUGAGCUUAAACAUUCAAAGAGAUUUGGAAGCUCAUCAAGAUGGAUGUUAUGAAGAUGAAGGUGCAAGAGAAGUGAGAAAGAAUCUAACUUGUUGCAGAGAUUGCUCUAUGAGUUUUGAGAGAGAAGCUCAAAGCAUCAUUAACUCUAGCAGAUUAGCCAAGAAAGAGUCAUCCGCUACUACCACGUCUAUCUCUUCUACCUCACGUUUACCAACCUGGCUCCAAAAUUGCAAGGAAGAACAAAGAUACCAUCCAUUGGAUGAUCAGGACAAUGAGAGGCUGAGGGAAGUGUGCAAGAAAUGGAACUCCUUUUGCAGUACGGUUCACAGGCACAGUUGCAACAACAUACAGUUACUUUCUGAAGCAAACGAAGGCGCAGGAGGAGCAGCAAAAUCAGAAUGCGAGCUGUACACAUCAGACGACGUCGUUUGCUACGAAAGCAGCAACUUAAUAAUGUUCAUGCCAGACAAUAACAACAAGAAGCCAGAUCUUCUCUCAAACCCAAACUCCAGCCCCAACUCAGCUUCUUCAAGUGAAGCCAUGGAUGGCCUGGACAGCACCCACAUGUUCAAAGAGCUUAACGACGAGAAUCUCAGGAUUCUCUGUGAUGCCUUGGACAAAAAGGUAUCUUCUCAACGUAAACACGUUGUUCAUGAGAUUUCAAGCACUGUGCUUCGUUGCAGAUCAGGAAUAUCGUCGAGAGAACAUAGGAAAAAGAGACAGGACACGUGGAUGCUGUUUCUGGGCGGUGGUGAUUGUAAUGAAGAGAAAGAGAAUGUCUCAAGAGAGUUAGCUAAGACAGUGUUUGGUUCGUACACCAGCUUUAUCACCAUUAAUGGUUCUGCCAGCUGCUCUUUCUCCUCAGAUGAGAAGAUGAAGAAGAGAAAAAGAACAAUUGAUGAUGAUGACGAUGAGAGGAGUAACUGUCUGCAGAGAUUUGGAGAAGCAUUGAAUGAAAACCCUCAUAGGGUGUUCCUCAUGGAGGAUUUGGAUGAAGCUGACGAUGAAGUUUCUAGAAAGGGGAUUAAGGAAGCAAUUGAAAGGGGAAGUGUGAGACUUAAUGGUGAGUUGAUUCCUCUGAAGGAUGCCAUUGUCAUUCUGAGCUGUGAAAGAACCUGUGAUUCUUCUUCUCAUCGUCCGGAGAAGAAGAUCAAAGAUGAAAGUCUGUGUUUGGAUUUGAACAUAGCCAUUGAUGAUCAUGGAGAUUGCAGCAGAACUGGGAUUCUAGAACUCCUUGAUAAGCAGAUUAUUUUUAACACACAAGGAACUCUGAUAGGAUCAGAUCAGCAAAAUUAAUGUUAAUGUUUAAUUAAUUUGAUGAUACUUUUUCUUCUUUGUUUUCCUCCCCUUUUUUUUGUGUUAAGUUGUAUUGAUUUCAAGUUACUGAUGAUCUUGGUAGGGGAAAGAAAGACUUGAAAUGCAAGUUGUUAUAUCAAAUAUAGAUUUUAAUUAGGGAUAUGCCAUUGUGGAUAAGUUUAUGUAUUGUGAUCUUAUUCUGAAUGUAAUAUAUAUGUUGCGCCUGCAAUUUAAAUACCCAUAUUUUCUGGGAUUUUGUCCUU